CAACCCCGCCCGCUCGCCCGACUGACUGACAACACAAAACAACGAAGAUCCAUCCGCUCCUCGGGCGUCGGACCAAUUCUGCCACAGAGAAGGAGAGGAGGAAGGACUAUGUUAGCUUAGUGCUGCUGGGGACUGUUAGAGUGUGUAACAUGCUGACUAGAUCAGUUGGCAACCAACUUUAAGAUGCAUUAACCAGUACCAACUGGUUUGGAGUGUGGACUUCAGAUUUGCUUUCAAUCACCCACGUGGGUAUAUGCUCCUAAAAACCAGCGAGGAGAUGGGAGAGCCAGGACUUGCAGUUUGGGUGAAAUUAUUGAAUAAUAUCAGGAAUCAAGGUUGCUGAGGGUGAGAGGUGAGAGUUGAAGGGUCGGCAGCGCAGCAGGCAUGCAGAGCAUUAAGUGUGUGGUGGUGGGCGACGGUGCCGUAGGGAAGACCUGUCUGCUCAUCUCCUACACAACCGGAGCCUUCCCUAAGGAAUAUAUACCCACCGUGUUUGACAAUUAUAGCAGCCAGGUGACAGUAGACGGGCGCUCCAUCAGUCUGAACCUGUGGGACACGGCAGGUCAGGAGGAGUACGACCGUCUGAGGACCCUGUCCUACCCUCAGACCAACAUCUUCAUCAUCUGCUUCUCCAUCUCCAGCCCCGCUUCCUAUGAGAACGUCAAACACAAGUGGCACCCAGAGGUGUCCCACCACUGCCCCGGUGUGCCUGUCCUCCUGGUAGGCACUAAGAGCGACUUGCGUAAUGAUGAGGAGACCCAGCGCAAGCUGAAGGAGCAGAGCCAAUCUCCUGUCACUCAUCACCAGGGGGCGGGACUGGCCCGUCAGAUCCAAGCCGCCCGCUACCUGGAGUGUUCUGCCCUCAACCAGGAUGGGAUCAAAGAGGUGUUCGCUGAGGCCGUCCGAGCCUUCCUCAACCCCCAGCACACCACCAACAAGAGGUCCUGUAGGCUACUGUAGAGAGAGAGAGAGAGAGAGAGAGAGAGAGAGAGAGAGAGAGAGAGAGAGAGAGAGAGAGAGAGAGAGAGAGAGAGAGAGAGAGAGAGAGAGAGAGAGAGAGAGAGAGGAGGGGAAGGAGAGAGGGGGGGGAUUGGGGAGAUAGAGAGGAAGAGUAAAGGAGGGGUAAUAAGACUGAUGUUCGCUGAGGCCAUCCGAGCCUUCCUCGACCCCCAGCACACCACCAGCAAGAGGUCAAGACGGGGAAAGAAGGGUGGUUAGCUAGAUGAAGAGACAGAAGGGGAUGAGCAGUUGAAACUGAAAAACUUACUGCAACAAUGGAAAUAAUAGGAAUGUACAUGACUAUGGUAGAAUAAUUCAGUUACAUGUAAAUAUGACAGGAGAACAGUAUUCUCUUUUCCCCCAGUGACCGACGAGCCUUACUAUUGGGAAGAGGGAGGGGCAACUGCACUCUGCAAAUGACGAAUUACAGUGAUCUGUUAUCAUGGACACUUGGGCAGUUCUGAUAGGCCAGAGCAGUGUCACUCAACGGCUUUACCAGAGACUGAUUGGUCUGUGAUGGUGGCGUCUACUUUCUCUUCCCACCCUCGUCUCUUUUCCUCUUAUUCCAGCUUUAGAGCUCAGUAGAAACCCAACUAAA